AUGUCUCCAGCGUCGACGUCGAAGCUCUUCCAGCCUAUCCAGGUCGGCGAUCUUGAACUACAGCAUCGACUCGUCUUGGCUCCCUUGACGCGAUUCAGAGCGGACGAUGAGCAUGUGCACACUGAGCUCCCAGUGGAAUACUACGCGCAGAGAGCGAGCGUACCUGGGACGCUCCUCAUCUCCGAAGCGACCUACAUCGACGUGAGGGCGGGAGGCUUCCCGAAUGUCCCGGGUAUCUGGAGCAAGGACCAGAUCAGGAGUUGGAGGAAGGUAACAGAUGCUGUCCAUGCGAAGGGGUCGUACAUCUUCUGCCAGUUGUGGGCCCUCGGGCGUGCAGCACACCCUGAGCAUCUGGCGAAGUUCGGCUUGGACUUAGUAUCCUCAGGCAAUCUGCCGAUGCCGGGCAGCCCAAAUGUGCCCCGCCCUCUGACCCUGGACGAGAUCCGCGAAUACGUCAAGCUCUACGCAUAUGCGGCCAAAAAUGCGAUCGAAGCGGGCUUCGACGGCGUCGAAGUCCACAACGCGAAUGGUUAUCUGCUGGACCAGUUUAUACAAGACGUGAGCAACAACCGAACGGACGAGUACGGCAGAAGCAUAGAGAACAGGUGCAGGUUUAGCUUGGAGGUUAUCGAGGCCGUGGUAAAGGCAGUAGGUGAGAAGAGGACAGGCGCGAGAUUCGGUCCUUGGGAACUGUACCAAGGUAUGGGCAUGGCCAACCCUAGACCCACCUUCACCUACAUCGUCCGAAAAAUCCGCGAUCUAUACCCGGAUUUCGCCUACCUUCACGUAACCGAGGCUCGCAGCUUCAUAGGACCCGAGCGCACACCUAAGCCAGGAGAGGAUAACGACUUCCUCCGUGAGAUUUGGGCUCCUCGACCGAUGAUUACUGCUGGCGGGUAUACGAGGGAGAUGGCCAUCGAGGUCGCGGAGAGGACGGACAACCUUGUGGCCUUCGGACGGAUGUUCAUCUCCAACCCGGACUUGCCCCUGCGGAUAAUGAACAAUAUCCCGUUAACACCAUAUAACAGGGACACCUUCUUUAGCCCGGGGAAGGUGGGCUACACGGAUUAUCCCUUCGCAGAAUGUACAGCAUAG